UGGACAGGAAAUUGGACUCUGAAGUUGUCCUUUUGCUCCCCGUUCGUUCAGCCGAACGUGAGUUUUGGAGGCUGCAGGGACCCAGUGGAAUGGGAGGGCCGGCCCCUUGCAGGAAGCACUGACACCUGUUACAGUCAAAGAGCAGAAGGGCUGGGAGUUUCACAGGAUCCUGACUUGCAACAAGAAAAGGAGCAGCUGUAACGUUGUGUGGCUGCGAUCUGCCAAAGCUCGGAUGCUGUGUGUGUGUGAGAGAGACUGUGAGUGAGUGAGUGAGAGAGAGAGAUGGGAGCUGGCUUUUGGUGAGAUGGGAUUCGCGAUUGCCAGCUCUCGGGUCAUCCAGUCGAAAGUGAAGCGAGUUUCAUUCUCCCUCCCUCGUUCAGCGAGAUGCAGCCUGAGCUCUGGCUGUUCCUGCUGCUACCUGGAGCUCUCUGCCUGGCUACCUCCGAUGAACCUUCACUGGAAGUCAGUUGCCCCCAUGAGGUCUUUUCAUGUGAAGCCAAGUACUGUGGCUGUGAAGAAAUUAAUGAAGCUAUGCCUGUGAACAGACUCCUCCUAAAUAACUUAACAACCUCCACUAUACUGUACUGCAAAGAGAAAUGUAGCCCAUGUAUACGUGUCCAGCUGACUGUGUCACUGGCAGGAGGGGAGAGUAAAUGGAGUCGGGGUGGAAGUGGAAGCAAGUCCAGUAAAAACAAUGCAGAUGAAGAAAUUGAGGACGAAGAAUAUAAUGAAGGUUUUGAGUUGAUAUAUCUUUCUGCAUAUCACUCAACGAAUGGGAUAAACAGAUGCGCACGGCUGAAGGUUCGAUUCCAUCCCACUGAUCAUGAACUCAACACAUCUCCAAAGGGUACCGUGGAGUUGAGAUGCUUUCGAGCAUAUGUGAGCAGCAACGUUUUAAUUAAAGCCUUCCCAAAACGUGCAAACCAGAAGGAUUUGCAGCAGACUCAUGAAGUUGAAGAUUGUACCUUGGAAGACUUUCUGGAGAACAUAACGUGGUGCAAAGUUCCAAAUAUAAAUACUACACUUGAAGAUGAGACACAGGUGGCUGUUAUUAACAUACCAGAGAAUUCCUACAUGUUGUUCAAGUAUAAUGUGGUACCACCUUUCGACAGCAUCAACCCCCUGGUUAUUGACAACUUGAAAAUGACUGAAGUACGCCUCAACUUUUCAGACAUCGUCCCUUGCUUGUGCGUGCAGGCGUGGUCAGCAAAAAUCGAAGAUGCCAUACGUGCUGAAAAAUGUCCCUUUUCUCAGUAUAAGCAAUUUCAAGAAAACAUUUGGAAGCUGAGCGGCCUGGCAGUGGAAUACAAAGGGAAAGCACUUCAGUGGACAUUCUCAUCACCAUGCAGUAUUGUGGGGGAGAUUUCCCUGUGUUCAAAGACUGGAGAUAGUGCUGCACUGUGUCAUGAGAUCCCUCAUUCCAGGCAGACAAUUCAAAUUAAUAAACUGAGUGAAUUCCAAAGUGUGGAUCCACACCCCUCUCUCUGCAUCAAGAUUAUCUCCGGAGAUCAUGUCAAUUUUAGUUGCCCUUUUGAUUCUGGUCAUUCACUCCUAUGGAAGGUGAAGUCUGAAGUGAAGCACAGAAAUGUCACCUUGACUAUACUUCAUGCAAUAAAUGAAAUGAACUUCUCGAUCUGCACCGUGAAAGGAAACAAGUGUGAUCAUUUCCUGCAGAACAUGGAAGUCAUUAAUGAGCAAAAGAAGCAACUAAAUCUUAUUUCACAGGACUGCUUUCAGGUCUGGAGAUCAGAUGUGCAGUUCUCACCCAGAAUCACCAUUUGUCCCUUUGAUAUAUACGCCAGAGCUCGAUGGACUCCAUUACUGGUACCAUUUUUAAUACUUGUUACAAUCGUGAUUUUUACGAUUACCAUCAAGACUCAGAUACUGAAAGGUUGCGUAAAGGUGAUCAAAUUUAAACCCACUGCAACAGUUGCAGAUUGUUCGACAAAUGGGAAGGUUCUUCUUCUAUAUUCGCUGGAUUACAAUCUGUUUGAAAAGUUGGUCAGCACUCUUGCAUAUGUCCUGUGUGAACUUAAACUUCAAGUCGCUGUGGAUCUAUGGAAACGUAGAGAACUGGUUGACCAAGGUCCCCUGCCAUGGUUCCAUUCCCAGAAAAAUAAAGUUACAGAAGAAGGUGGGAAGAUUCUUAUCCUCUUCUCCAAUGGUGCCAGUAUGAAAUAUAAUGAAUGGUUCCAGUCCUCUGAAGGCACCAAAACCAUGCAUGAUCCAUACGAUGGAUUUAUGGCUUCCUUGAACUGUGUUCUUCCUGAUAUCAUAAAAGGAAAUGUGUUUGGGAAGUACGUUGUUGCAUAUUUUGAAGAUUUGCAGAAAAAGGAAGAUAUACCAGAUAUAUUUAACAUAAUGCCAAUCUACAGUUUACCAUCGCAACUUCCUGAGUUCCUUCAAGAGAUUGGGGUACCGGCCAAUGUUAAAUCUGGGUGGAAAGCCACCAGCUAUCAGUCAACAAUUAAGAACAGUCUGGACAAUGUGAUUAAGGAGUGCCAACUGUGGGAACAAACUCACAUGCCCUGGUCCCAGGACCAUUGCAAGUUAGAAUGGAUACCUGAAGGACAGCAAGAAAAUGAUACCAUGACACACUGUCCAUUGAUUCAAAUGGAGAUGCUUUCAAUGAUCUGAAGAUUCUAUCAUGACAAUCCUUAAUGCACAGACUGGUCACUGUCCUUUGCUACUUUGCUUAAAGUCAAGGUCACCAUGCAACUGUGAACAAUUGUUAGAAAGAAAACUGUAUAGCAUGUCAAACCAAAAAUUAAGACUGAAUUAACUUAAUCCCACUGACGACCUUGUGAAAUGGAUAAUUUUGGUACAUUUGGAACAACUGAAGUACUUUUAAAUUAUUUGGUAACAUCUGAUUCCAACUCUAGGAAUUUUCCUUUAUUUCAAAACUGAUAAAAGCUGUGACAAAUCUAAUGGACUAAAGAAAAAAAAAAAAUCACUUGCUGCAGUAAUGAAAAUUUUAAUGAAAUGAUUAAUGAUUUAAUGAAGGGAUUAAACAAGUGAAUGUAUUCUUAACAAACCAAGAUGUAUUCAAGAGUGUGGUGGUAGAAAAGCACACCAGGCAGGCAGCAUCCAGCAGGAAAAUCGAUGUUUCGAGCAAAAGCCCAGCCUGAUGAAGGGCUUUUGCCUUUAAACCAAGAUGUAUUGACAGUUUGGCCUUGUUUUAGGUAUUGGAUGCAUUAAACACAAAGGAUAAUUAAAGUCCAUAAACUUCCACAGAUCUUUAGCUGCAAAGUAGGCAUGGCUGGAAAAGACUUCAGGAAGGACUUAUCCAAUACCAAACACAAUCCAGUCUGAGUGAGCAGGCCUUUCCAUUCUAACUCAGGAGAUUGGGUAACAAUCUCAGGCACUCAGUUAUUUUACAACUGUAGUAUUUUAUGUGUGUGUAUAUAUAUGUGCAUCAAUGUAAAUACCUUAAAUAUUGUGUAUACAGUAUGAUUAUUUUGAUAUCUCUUGUUUGCUUUCACUACAAACCAGUCAUUGAAACAGAAAAUGUUAGGAAAGGAAAAAUCAUACUUUAUUGAAGGAGAUUGUCCUUUUUGAUCAAUCUUAAUUUCACCUUUGCAACGUUUCCCUGGAUUCGCUCCUUCUUCAGUAACCCAUCAAUUUGUCUUUUGUUUCCAUCUAAACUAUUGUGGUCUACUUAAGUAUACCACCUGAAACAAAGACAGAAAUUGCUGGAGAAACUCAGUAGGUCUGGCAGCAUCUGGGAAGUGAAAGCAGAGUUAACAUUUCGGGUCUGGUGACACUUAAUCAUUAUAUGGUCUGUUUGUCAAAAAUGCUUAUUUGGUUAUUCAUUAUGUUGCUAUUUUCCUGCUAGUUCUCCCAACCUUCUCCCCUACUAUUGUCUUGCAAAUUACUGUUACCUAUCAUUUUUUUUCAUGGUCCAUACCUAUAGACCAUACAGUCAACAUCAAAUAACACCAGCAUUUUAUUUGUAUUCACCAGUUUAGUUAUAUUGAAAUCUAACUGCUACAGUUAGAUCUCAGUUAUGUAAUGUAGUCCUCAUGCAGGGUUCAGAUGAUGUGCUGCACUGGAAGUAGAGAUGAGGAGUAUUAGGUAGGAGGCAGUAGCAGGUAUUAGCAGUUCAUUCAACAUUCUGGAAAACUGGAAGGCAUAAAAACAAAUCCUGUACUGAUGUUCCAUUUGCUUAAGUAGCCUAUUCCUUUGUCAAGCAUUUAUUUCAGAGACUCACUGUAUAUGUUUCACUGAUCUGUUAACUUAUUCCAUAUAUCCAUUUAUUUGUGGAUCAUUCCCUAUGUAUAUAAGAGUGUUCUGUGUUCGGUCUAAUGAAAUUUUUAAAAGUGUUAAGUGAUGAGCCAAAUUAGAUUUGGGACGUGUUCUUCUGACUGUAAGUUAUUUGAAUUCUAUAUGAUGGGAUUACCAGUAACUUGCAUUUAUCCAGCACCUUUAACAUAUUAAGAUGCACUUCAUGGGCAUUAUAGUGCAACUGAAAGGAUGGUUUGGGCAACUUAAAUCUGAAGCUGCUCAAAGUCUUAAGUUCUUUUCCAGUCUUUACUAUUUUGUUAUGAAACAUCUAUGUAUAUUGUAAUUAUCAAAGAAUUUUGGCAGUUGUAUUAUUAUGUUGCUGAGAUAAAACAUGCAUCUAAUUGUACAGAUAAA